AUGAAACCAGUUAGGAAAGGUCAAAAGUCGGUAUUUUCAGCAGUGCUAGUGUCUGCUCAGAGAAGUCGUCAGCAGCGUCCACAACGCCAGCGGAGCCGAGAACCCGCACGUCAAGGUCGUACAUUGGGUUUAAUAAGCCCAGCUCUCAAUUUGUUAAAUUUCGGUGGUUUGGGCACAAAUAUACUCGGCUAUGAUGCACCAAUAUCACCAUUUAGUCGAAUUAGACCUAUAAGUCCACUGGCUGCGGAUCCCUUCUUUGUGCCAUACAGACGUCCGUUACCUGUCAAACCAUUAGCAGAUCCCUAUUAUGAUCUCUAUGACAGAUACCAUGGCUAUAACUCGUUUGGAUAUAAACCUUAUUAUGGUCUUUUGUCGCAACUAGCAAUACGCCGACCUUUGCCAUAUGGUUUUGACCCGGCGGUAAAUUCUUUAUACGGCGCUGGGCCAGUGGCAGCGGCAUCGGCUCCUCUCAGACCAGCCACAACAUCUUCUGCACCGGCAGCGGCGGCAGCAGCUCCAACGUCACCAUCAAAUUUAAGUCCAGAUCAGGCAGCACAAGUUGCCAAUCUAUUGGGACAACUUUUAGGACAACAACUGCGACCGUUAGUUGGUGGCAGUCCAGCUGCUGACACACCAAGUGAUGAAGUCGUAUCAGAACCUGAAAACUCAAAACGUUUAUAUUAUUAG